UCCUUUUUGUUUUUAUCAUUCAGCUUGCUCGCAACGAAACAUAUUUUACUGGAAAAAAACGGAAAUCGCCAUGGAAGACGUUAACCAGUUGUUCGAUGCUGCUUUCGAGUUCGCACACUAUCCCGGCGCUCAAAACGAAGCCUCGGUCAAGGAAUUUCUAGAUCGCUUUCCUCUUCCCGUUAUCUUCAAUGCUUUGCAAACCGAUCCGGAUAUACCAGGCUUUGAAAACACGCUGGUGACUUGCUUAGAGAGGCUGUUUAAGACUAAGUAUGGUGCCUCACUUAUUCCUCAGUAUAUGCCCGUUCUGCAAGUUGGUCUCAAGGCAGAUUCUGCAAUAGUUAAAUCUCUGGCUUGCAAAACUGUCCUUUGUCUCUUGGAGAAUUGCGAUACAAAUGAUGUUUCUCCUGUUCAGCUAGUUGUUAGCAAUUGCAUAUACCCUCUUCUGCUUGAUUAUAUCAUUAACAGCGAUGAUGAAGUGGCACAUGCUGCAAGUGAGACAAUUAAGAGUCUAGCACGCUUCCCUGAUGCAAUGUCUGUAAUUUUCCCUUCUGAAACCAACGAUGCUACACAUCUUCGUAACCUUGCUGCAAGGUGUUCGUCACUGGCACGAGUCCGGGUUUUGUCUUUGAUAGUGAAGCUUUUUUCGAUUUCUCGACUUGUAGCUUCAGAAAUUAAGAAAUCAGGGCUUCUUGAUUUACUGGAGGCAGAAAUGAAGGGUACAAAAGACACUCUUGUGAUCUUAAAUGUUCUGGAACUCUACUAUGAGUUAAUGGAAGUGGAGCACAGUUCGGAGUUCGUGCCACAAACUUCACUUAUUCAGCUGUUGUGUUCUAUCAUCAGUGGUACAUCGACGGGACCCUAUGAAAAGUUAAGAGCAAUGAUGAUUAGUGGCAGGCUACUCUCAAAGGAAAAUAUCUACAAAGUCGUGGAAGAAGCUAGUAAGAUUUUCAUUAUAAUGAAAGCCUCUGUUUGCUGUGCCUAUGAAACAAGUGAAGAAGUUGACAAGUUAACUACAAAUUGCUUUGUGGCUUUAUGUGUGAAGGCGUUAAUUUCAGCUACUGAUGGGAGUCUGGAGUCGGUGGAGAUGAAUGAUACUGAUGCACAGGAAGCUGCCAUUGAUGCAAUUGGUCAGAUUGGAUCAACAACAAAGGGAGCGGAUCUGGUGCUUUCAACUUCACUUCCAGCUGCAAGACAUGUUGUAGCUUCUGCCUUUGAUCGUAAUGCACAUGGAAAACAGUUGGCUGCACUGCACGCACUGGCAAACAUCGCAGGUGAAACACGACCUAAGAGCAACAGAAUAGUUGAUGGAAAAGCUGAAGAAAGCCUUAGAUGUCUGAUAUACGAUGUUGCAGCACAGAGCACAAAACUAACCCCAUCUGGUUUAUUCCUCUCAGUUCUUCAACAAAGCUCAGAGAUUCGUCUUGCGGGUUAUAGAACGUUAACAGCAUUGGUGGCUCGGCCAUGGUGCCUGGUGGAAAUCUUGUCCAAAGAAGAGAUAAUAAACAUAGUUACGGAUGCAACCACUGAAACUGCAAAAAUAGCAAUGGAAGCAAGGUAUAACUGCUGCAAAGCAAUUCACGAAGCGUUCUUAUGUAGUAACUUUGUUGAUGACCCUCGUCGUCAAAAAACGGGUGAAAAGUUGCAAGAAGCUGUUCGAAGUGGACCAUAUAUGUCGAAGAAGCACAGAGGUGCACGACCAGAAGUAAUGACAGGCGAAGGAUUUUAAAGACAUAACUAAAGAAAAACGUUUAAACUUCUUUGUUGACCAAAGUUUUUUUUAUCUUCUCUGGCUGUUCGAUAAGUAAACUUUUGUUCCUUCUAAACGAGGGCUAGGACUAAACGUUUUGGCGGUUGAAAUUUGUGUUCUUUACUUUAGUGUUGAACCUUAGUUAAUCAAA